AUGAACUCGUAAGUUUUCUCAAAGAGUUUUUUGAAAAUCAUUUUAUUUUUUAGAUUCAUUAUUUUGGCUCUUUUGUGCUGUGCUUCAGCUUCAGCUCAAUAUUAUUACUAUCCAACCAGUUACUAUACUCCAUUGUAUUAUUACUAUCCAACUGUAGCCACAGGAUCAGUUACUCAACAAACUCAAAACGAUAAUUCUCAACAACAACAACAAAAUUAUCCACAACAGCAACAACAAACCAAUCAACAAUACACAAAUCAAAAUCAACAACAGCAACAACAACAACAAUAUCCUCAACAACAAGCCGGCCAAAAUGUUCAAUAUGAUGCAACAAAUAAUCAAAAUCAACCAUCUUCGAACACCAACACUAAUUCGAACUCAGCCCAACCAAUUAUGUAUUAUUAUACUUCUCCAUAUUAUUAUGCUUAUGGAAGAAAAUAA